UAUCAAUCAAAUAAAGCUUUGUCUUUCUCCUUCAUCACUUUUAUCCUCUCACUCACACUUUUCCUGUUAUCUUCCCAUCUCUAUAUAUUCACCAGUCCCUCCUCUCUCUCUCUCUCUAUAUAUAUAUAUAUACAUAUACGUAUAAAAUAUAUCUCCACUUUGAGUUCUCACAUAGUACAGUACUUUCAUUUUACAAUAGUAUAUAAUAAGUACUCUCUUACACAUUAUAUAUAUAUAUAUAUAUUCGUUGCCUAGUUUUAAUAAUCACAUUAUUGAUGUUGAUAUUAUUACAUGUACGUGAUCAUCACAUCAAAGCUCUAAGAUCUUAGAAAUCUGGGCUUUGAUUCUUUUCUGAUCCGGGAUUUGAGCUUCGUUACGUUUCUUCAUCUCCAUUGUUACAAAAGCUGCAUUAGGUGAUUGCUGGUCCAGGCUAAGUCGGUGUUCGCCAUGGAAGGAUCAACGGCUCUGAUGAUCUUAUCAGCACUAGCAGCUUAUUUCAUAUGGUUUACGUUCAUCACAAGGUCAAUGAAGGGUCCACGUGUCUGGCCCCUAUUGGGCAGUCUUCCAGGCCUAGUUCAGAACGCUCACCGCAUGCACGACUGGAUUGUGGACAACCUCCGGGCCUGUGGUGGCACGUACCAGACUUGCAUAUGUGCCAUUCCAUUCCUGGCCCAGAAGCAAGGGCUCGUGACUGUCACGUGCGAUCCCAAGAACCUGGAGCACAUUUUGAAGACCCAAUUCAAUAAUUACCCCAAGGGUCCGACGUGGCAAGCCGUCUUUCAUGAUUUGUUGGGCCAAGGGAUCUUCAAUUCAGAUGGCGAUACGUGGGUGUUCCAGCGUAAGACCGCCGCACUGGAAUUCACCACCAGGACCCUUCGCCAAGCCAUGGCUCGAUGGGUGAGCCGAGCCAUUAAGCUUAGGUUUUGCCCCAUCCUUGAAACGGCUCAGCUACAAGGCAAGCCGGUUGAUCUACAAGACCUCUUGCUUCGGCUCACUUUCGAUAACAUAUGCGGCUUGGCCUUCGGGAAGGACCCACAAACGCUUUCCCCUGAGCUGCCGGACAACAGCUUCGCCGGAGCUUUUGACAGAGCCACCGAAGCCACGCUGCAACGGUUCAUUUUGCCUGAGAUAAUAUGGAAGCUCAAGAAAUGGCUCGGCUUAGGAAUGGAAGUCGACUUGAGCCGAAGCCUCAAACACGUGGAUGAGUACUUAUCUAGUAUCAUCGACACACGUAAGAUCGAAUUGAUGAGUCAGCAAAUAGAUCAUCAGGAUGAUCUACUCUCCAGGUUCAUGAAGAAAAAAGAAUCCUACUCAAACCAGUUCCUCCAACACGUGGCGUUGAAUUUCAUUCUAGCUGGACGAGACACGUCAUCGGUUGCGCUAAGCUGGUUCUUCUGGUUGGUCACUCAAAAUCCAAAAAUAGAAGAGAAAAUUCUCAUUGAAAUUUGCACAGUCUUACUGGAGACACGUGGCAGUGACGUGCACGAGUGGAUAGAAGACCCACUAGGGUUUGAAGAAAUUGACCGAUUGAUAUAUCUCAAGGCAGCCUUGUCCGAAACCCUAAGGCUAUACCCUUCGGUGCCUCAAGAUUCCAAGCACGUGAUCGCCGACGAUACUUUGCCAGACGGGACCUUCGUUCCGGCAGGAUCGUCGGUGACUUACUCAAUCUACUCAAUCGGAAGAAUGAAGUAUAUUUGGGGUGAAGAUUGCCUAGAAUUCAAACCCGAAAGAUGGUUAUCAUUAGAUGGAAACAAUUUUGAGGUACAAAAUCCUUAUCGAUUUGUGGCAUUCAAUGCUGGCCCUAGAAUUUGCCUAGGCAAAGACUUAGCUUACUUGCAAAUGAAGUCGAUAGCGGCGGCGGUGUUGCUCCGCCACCGCCUCUCAGUGGCGGCUGGCCACCAUGUGGAGCAAAAGAUGUCGUUGACAUUGUUCAUGAAGUAUGGCCUUAGGGUUAAUGUGUUACCAAGGGACUUGAAGCCUAUUUUGGCAAGACUAUUAUGCAAGAAUAAUAGUGACACUUCCUCAUCAUGUGUUCAAGAGGCUCUCACCAAUGGUAACUUUGAGACCGGUGUUGAAGCAUUGGCUGGUUUUGCUUAACAGGGUAAAGAUUAUUUUGGCUAAAGCUUUAUUACUUAUAUAUAAAUAUAUAUUUAAUGAAUAUAAAUAAUUAUAAUAAUAAAUUAGUAAUUAACAAAGUGUAAACAGGUAAGUGUGUGGGCUAUUGGUAUUUAUCAUGACAGCAACACAAGUCUUUUUUUUUAUUUGUCUCUUUAUACAAUAAAAAGGGCCCAUGAAGACUGAAUAGAGUUAAGCUAGAUUUAGCUUAACUUGAGUCAUUUUGAGGUCUCUUUCAUGUCACAUGGUUCAGAUAUAUAUAAUUUAUAUAUAUAUAUAUAUGUCAAUUAAUAGAAAAUAUAUAAUUUGUUGUGUUGUUACCAUA